ACUUGCCGAGUUUUGAUUCGCACAGAAGAAGCCGUAACUGUUUUCUACAGAGACAGGCAAACAGGUAUUUGGGAAUGUCCACGUGAGCACACACGGGUGCCUGAUGUGGCAGGAGCCACAAACACCUUGCCCAGAAGCCAGCAGGCGGGCAGAGCAGAGGUUCCCUGGGACACGGGAUCCCCAGAUAAGAGCCCCGCGCUGCUCGGCGCGGACGCUUCCUGCCGGCGUUGGCAACUUCCUCCCUCUGUGCAAACUUCUGCAUGAAAAGAGCCAUUUUCCCCUGCCUGCUCCGAGCACACACAGCCCUCCUGAGCCUUCCAACCACAGAGGAGAACGUAAAUGUGCAGCAGAGGACCCUUGUGAAGAGGCUGGAGGGAAAUGGCCAGCAAGCAGGUCAUGCUGGUUCUCUUCUGUGGGGAAAUCUGGAGCUGCCUUUGUGCAGCAGCACCUCAGCACGCUGCCAGGACUGAAAGCCACACGUGCAGCACUGCCACGAGCCCGAGAGCAGACCGCCCCCCGCUCUACCAGCUGCAGGCAGCUGUGCCCACCCCACACCGGUCCGACAGAGCCCGGGCUGCCACGGAACCCCAGGCCUUCCCAGGGGAGGAGGAAGCUGGGGACGGCAGCUGGGUGGCAGCGCUGCUCCUUGGCAGCAUUUUGAUUGGGAUGAUGCUGGCAAUUAUCGUAAUUCUCCUGUGGAAAUGCUGCGUGAGGCCUCCUCCGGCCCAGUGCCACUGGGCAGGCCGGUCGCCCUUCGUGGAUGGGGACACGUCAGACCUCUUCAUGGACCCUGACCCCGGCACCAAGCGUUCUUCAGUCUUAUUCAUGCUGCCUUGGAGACUGAAACAAGGCACAAACUUGCAGGAGGACCCGAGUGUCUCAGAGAACCCACCCCAGCACACUCCCACUACCGAGAACGGGCAGCCGCCUCCGCCGGCCACGGGCUGCUCCGGAGCUGGCUCAGCCCCAGCCCCUGCCCCUGCCUCGGAGCAGGAGCCGGCCACCGCUGCAGCUGACUCCUGUCCUCCCCCAGACACUCCACCCGAGUGCUCUGACCUGCCACCACCCCCCGACUGGCUCAGGGAACCCGCUGAGGAGCCCAGCUCGGACCCCAGCAAGCACUCGGCACUUCACCUGGAAGCAGAGGAACCGCAGCCCUCACCACCUGAGCUACUGAUCCAGGAGAUCCAUGAAACACUGCCCCAGCCAGAACACCCUUUGUAGACUGCCAAAUUAAUUUCCAGAAUACUCUACAUCUUUCUUAAAUCAAGUAAUUUUCAAGAAAGUAAAAAAGGAGAAGUUGACACAGGCAAGAACGGUGAGGCCCCAGCAUUUCCUUGACAUUUCCCUGGUGUUUCCCAACUUCGGCUUUCACAAGAGAGAACAACCUGCUUCUGCCUGAAGCAAAUUUCUGACUACAAAACAAAUUGUGCCAGUCAUCACCUGUAACUAGAGACUCCAGAAGGCAGAGUACACAGCUGUGUGUGCCAGCAGGGCCAGACACAGGUAACACACACGUGGAGAUGUCACAGACAGCCCCACGUCAGAGGGACUCGGCUUCACACUGGGGUUUGCUCCACUGGGCUGUGCAAGUGGAUGCAGUCACUUCCAGGACAUUUUAAUAAAGCUUUCUCAGUCAAACACGUUUUGGUCACUUAAAGCCCACCUGAAUGUUUGCUUAGAUACAGCAUGCACUCAGCUUCUAAUACUAACUCAUUUAAUGGUUCAUGGAUGCUAGAUUCACUCCUUGGAGCUCUGGUGUCCCAGUGCUUUGCAUGCUCCUCUCUGGGCCCUGAGUACCAGCACAGCUCAUCUCCCCCACACCAGCCUUGGCUGGGCAGCAGCAGGCUGGUAUCAGAAGUAAUUUUUUUUUUACCAGUAUUGAAUAUUUAUACAAAGAAGCUGCUAGAUGCCAAAGCUAGUUUUCCAUGAGAGCUCUUCAAAAUGGUAGAGUUUGCAGCUCACUUGAGGAGGGAAUAGAUUUGUGGAUGGAGCACAGAACAAAGAUUUGCACACCAUAAACUUCAGAAUUUUCUAACUAUCACUAAUAAAGAGUAGUACAUCAUCCAAAUGCAAUUCCAGGCUGCUGUGCAUACAAUGGCCAAAGGAAAAUGUAUUUUUAAUUUUCAUUACUGUUUACAUAAGCCGUAUGACUGGGUAUGCCUAAAGAAUAGCAUUACAAUUAUACAAAGACUUUUGUAAGGCUCGUUCACAUGACAGCCUGUUAAAAUUAACAGCACUAUAAACAAAACAUUAUAAACACUCUCACUCUCAUAUUGCUUUGAGAAAAUCAGAUCAAGAUUUCCUGCAGAAAUCUGUAAAAUCCUCCAA